AUGAGAUUGUUUGUGAUCGUAACCCCCCCGAGUUCCCAUGAAAAGGGCGUGUGUGAUCGUAACUCCCGGAGUUCCCGUGAAGAGAGCGUGUGUGAUCGUAACUCCCGGAGUUCCCGUGAAGAGAGCGUGUGUGAUCGUAACUCCCGGAGUUCCCGUGAAGAGAGCGUGUGUGAUCGUAACCCCUGGAGUUCCCGUGAAGAGAGCGUGUAUGAUCGUAACCCCUGGAGUUCCCGUGAAGAGAGCGUGUGUGAUCGUAACUCCCGGAGUUCCCGUGAAGAGAGCGUGUGUGAUCGUAACUCCCGGAGUUCCCGUGAAGAGAGCGUGUGUGAUCGUAACUCCCGGAGUUCCCGUGAAGAGAGCGUGUGUGAUCGUAACCCCUGGAGUUCUCGUGAAGAGAGCGUGUGUGAUCGUAACUACCGGAGUUCCCGUGAAGAGACCGUGUGUGAUCGUAACUCCCGGAGUUCCCGUGAAGAGAGCGCGUGUGAUCAUAACUCCCUGAGUGUCGAGGAUUUUGUUGUUGACGUUAUAACAAAGGGAGACAAUUCGUUAUUUUCCUUCUGA